AUGAACGCAGAGUCUCGGGCGUUGGCAGAAAAUCUACGCCUCCCGACGGACGCCCUCUUCGCCGCAUUGCCAACGUCGUCUCCGCUGAACCAGUACACACUCCCCUGCGUCCCCGGCGGUUUUCUCUCUCGACACCGCGGUUCUCCCAUGGGACACUUUGGAGAGUCCAUAAACACGAAUCAGUUCAACAACCCGCACAACGCACACCAAUCGGACUACCCGGCGUGGGAGUUCGACGCACUCAUGUCCUCCAGCCUUGAGAAGAUGCAGGGCUACCAGGGUUUAUUUCAGCGUCGUUUCUCGGGCUUUGACUUCUGCUCGCCUGUGUCGCUAGGUUCUGAAGCAAUCGGUAAUUCUGUGCCCGCACCCCGUUGCCCAUUUCGACAUACUUCGCUCAAGCCGCCUGGAGAUGCCUACCCCACACUUACAGCAGACCAGGCGGAUGAAGAGGUGGUGGACGAAGAGGAGGGUGUCGAAGUACAGGCAGAGAAAAUAGACUUUCCGCGAAAUUAUUCUACUUGGAAUGAGCACACAGGCGAGCAGACUGCAGCCACAUCAGUGCUCCAAUUUAACAAUUCUCUCGUACUGAACGCCUGCAGCAUAACGCCCAGCGCUGAGAACUUUCCGUCCCCGAGAACCUUUUGCUCAACAGGCAGUUUUGGAGUUGCAACAAGUGAGUCCACGAUUUUCAGGUUUAUUUCUUGA